AUGAAGAAGAAGAAGAAGACGAUGUUGACGUUCCAAAAUAAGAGCGCUUUUUCUCGCUUUUUCUUCCACCGGGAGGAAGGAUACUUUGUAGAACGUUCAACGAAUUUUGAUGACGAGGGAAAAGAAAGAGGAAAGAGGAUGUCCUGUAACAGUAACAGCAACGCGAGCGGUACUGAUGGGAGCAGUGGUGGUGAUAAAAUCCCUCCGAUAGAAACGAUUUCCCCGGGUCAAUUCGACGACUUGUCUAAAGAGGAGUUACAAAAAGAGCUGGCGGCGAGUUUUGAAAUACGAGCGGCGAUGGCGGCGAAGUUAGAGUUAGUGGAGGACCAGUUGAGAGCGACGGUCUCGGAAGUGUGCAAGAUAUUAGCGCUGAAGAGAGAGGCGGAAUUUGAGCUCAAACGCAUGAAACAGACGUACGAAACAGUGGACGACGACGAGAAAAAGUAA